ACAUACAUAAAAAGAACGCUCCGAGCAGCCUCCCCGAGCCCCCUUAAGCGAGGCGGCGGCUCCCCCCACAAACGCGGUUGUGCUGUGGCUGUGGCGGCGCUGGGCAUGGCGGGCGCUGUAGUGACCUCGCUGGGAGCCGCUCCCGGCGGCGGGCGGGAGAGGGAGCCCGCCCAAACUACCGCUCCCAGGGCUCGCCGCUGCCGCUCGCCGUCCCAAACAUUUCCGCCGGGGCAAUGGCGAGUGGCGGCUGUCGGCGGUAAAGGCUCAGUGGGGCUCCCGACCUGCCGCUCGGGGCGGGAGGCUGCCCUGGCUCUUCCCCGAGGGUCCCCCGGGAGAGCGUGGCGAGCGGCAGGAACAUUCCUUUCGGCUCGGCUGCCCCCACCGUACCGCCGUGAAGCCGGCGGGGAGCCGUGCCUGGGAUGCUGCCCGCCUCCCUCGGGCGGACAUGCCUGGGGAGGAGGCUGCUCGCCCCCCGCGGAUGGGCGCUGCUGGGGACGGGGACCGGGGCGGGGAUGGGAACCGCGUCCUGCCUGAGGUGGCGGCACCAGCCCCCGCUGCUGCUCCGGCCCGCCCGGCAAAGUAUCGGGACGCAGGCGGGAGGGCUGAGAGCUGAAAAACCUGGCGAAAAUAGCAAAGGUGUGUCCGUGCAAAGGGCGCGGAACGAGGAGACGCUGCUGUCGGCUGCUCAGAAAGUGAAAGAAGCUGGAAGAGACUUUACCUAUUUUAUUGUGGUGCUUGUUGGAAUUGGCGUUACAGGUGGUUUGUUCUACGUGAUUUUUAAAGAGCUAUUCUCUUCUUCUAGUCCAAAUAAGAUCUAUGGAGAUGCCUUGGAGAAAUGCAGAUCUCAUCCUCAGGUUGUUUUUUGGACUUUAGUCAUAAGUUUAUGUUUCUCAGUAGUUACUGUCUCUUUUCAAGUCAAAAGUUUUUGCAAGGAAUCUCACAAGCCAAGCUAUGGGAAAAGCCAUGUGGUGCUUAGAAGAUCUUGUGGUGCUUUUAACUGGCCAGAGGUAAUUGGUGCUUUUGGUGACUCUAUUAAAGGUUAUGGGGAGGCAACAAGAAGAGGAAGACGACAGCAUGUCAGUCACAUUGAAUACAUAAAGGACGGAUUGAAACAUAUGCGUUUGAAGUUCUAUAUUGAGGGCACUGAAUCAGGGAAACAGGGAACAGUCCAUGUGGAAGUCAAGGAGAAUCCUGAAACAGGAAGAUUUGAGGUCCGCUACAUAAUUGUGGAUGUUGACACCUAUCCGAGAAGAACCAUUGUCAUAGAAGACAACAGAUAGCCAACGAUCAAAGUUGCUGCCUUGUCUCAUUGAGUGCUGGAUAAUACUGGGGUAGCCAGUCUACAACGUGAAUUGUUUGGUGUUCUUGAUUGUGUCUCCCAGCUUUGGGGUUGUGUUACCGGAAGUAGCCUCUCAGGGCAUCCGUUAGGGACUUUUGGUAAUAACAGAUACAGGAUUUAAAGUGAAAACAAUGAAAUAUAGUAGAGUUAUCAUUUAUGGCAGAUAGUCUUGACAUAGAAAAGCAAUGGCUCAUAAUAAAUUGAUGCUGGAUAAUACUUCUGCACACCCAAAUACUGAGUCUUCCAAGUUUUUAGGUUUGGAUGGGAAGUUUUUUGUCUUCCUUUGCUUGGAUUUCCCACUACCACUGCAAUAAAGAAAGUGGUAUUUUAACUGUA